AUGAAGUGCAUCGUUAUCAUUCUCACUACCCUUUUCUUCAUCUUCGCUACGAAGGCCUUCCCACUCCCUGCCUUCGACGGCAAUUUCAGCCUCCCCGCCGAUUUCAAAUUGAAAUCACUUCAAGAGAUCGCCAAGGACUUUGGCUUUCUCGUCGACGGAAAUGGAACUAUUAUCUAUCCUUCAGUUGACCAUCGUGAUGACAUCCUCAAUAAACUCAAUGAAACCGAUGGCAUCUUCACUUUUCCCAACCCCACUUUUCCCAACUCCACUUUCAACAACUCUGGUCUUAGCAAGCGUGAUGACUGGGCCUACACCUGCUCGAAGCGAGUCGGUCCAAACCCCCUUAUCUACUGGUUCAGCGCUUUCUUCUAUGUCGCCGACCGCUUGAAGAAAGUCCGAGCAGACUGUCACGUUGGUCCAAACCAAGACUGUAUAAACUGUGCUUGCACCGGUGGUGCAGCUAUCAAGCUUUGUCGUGGUGGUCUUUCUCCCCCGGAUUUCCGUGUCCCAAAUGGAGAAAUAGGCAAUCGCGCCUCCUUGGUCAUCAACACUUUCCUCCUCAGUUUCCUUGGUUUGGCUCGCUGCGGCGGUGCUUGGCCCGGAUGCACCGAUCGAUAUAACUGUCAGUUCGAAGGUUUGGCCACCAACGGUGGUCUUUCCGAAGGCUGGUAUGUUUACUUGACUCAAGAAACCAAUAUCCCCAAGUGCAUCCCAAUCUAG